AUGGCAAGAAAAGGGAAACUAACAACUGCUCAACGUAAGCAACAGCGUAAGGAAGAAGAUAGAUAUAUCCAAGAUUUAAUUACAAGGACUCAGGAAUACGAUCCGAAAACCUCAAAAGCUACCUUUUUUAAAGAUUUACCAAUUAGUAAAAAUGUACUGAAAGGCUUAAACCAAUCUGCAUUUGUGAAAAUGACAGAUAUUCAAAAGGAAGCUAUUCCUGUAGCUUUGAAAGGUUAUGAUGUGCUAGGUGCUGCUAAAACAGGUUCUGGGAAAACUUUGGCUUUUUUAGUGCCAAUUUUAGAAAAAUUAUAUCGUGAAAAAUGGACUGAGUUUGAUGGUCUUGGUGCGUUGGUCAUAUCUCCAACUAGAGAAUUAGCAAUGCAAAUUUAUGAAGUCUUAACAAAGAUUGGUGCUCAUAUGUCAUUUUCUGCUGGGCUGGUUAUUGGUGGUAAAGAUGUGAAAUUUGAAUCUGAGAGAAUUUCGAAAAUUAAUAUUUUAAUCGGGACUCCAGGGAGAAUUUUACAACAUAUGGAUCAAGCAAUUGGUUUGACAACCUCUAAUCUUCAAAUGCUUGUUUUGGACGAGGCAGAUAGAUGUCUCGACAUGGGGUUCAAAAAUACUCUAGAUGCUAUUGUUAGUAAUUUACCUCUUACAAGACAAACUCUUUUGUUUUCAGCUACACAACCAAACUCCCUUUCAGAAUUGGCAAGAUUGUCUUUAACAGAUUACAAAAUGGUAGGUACCUUAGAUACUGUAAGUAAUGGUUCCAUAGGGGCAGCUACGCCUUCUACUUUACAACAAUCAUUUAUUGAAGUUGCAUUACCGGAUAAAUUAGAUAUACUAUUCAGUUUCAUUAAAUCCCAUUUAAAGUCGAAGAUGAUUGUAUUCUUGUCCAGUUCAAAACAGGUACAUUUUGUUUAUGAAACAUUUAGAAAAAUGCAACCAGGUAUUUCACUGUUACAUCUUCAUGGCAGACAGAAACAAACAGCAAGAACAGAAACUCUUGAUAAGUUCAGUCGUGCUCAACAGGUAUGUCUAUUUGCAACAGAUGUUGUUGCAAGGGGUAUUGAUUUUCCAGCAGUUGACUGGGUUGUUCAAGUUGACUGUCCUGAAGACACAGAUACAUAUAUUCAUAGGGUAGGCAGAUCUGCUCGUUACGGGAAAAACGGUAAGUCACUUAUCAUGUUAACUCCUCAAGAAUGUAAUGUAUUCUUAUCAAGAUUAAAGAAUAAGAAUAUAGAGCCAAAUAAAUUAACUAUUAAACAAUCUAAAAAGAAGUCUAUCAAAUCACAAUUACAAUCAUUACUAUUCAAAGAUCCAGAAUUAAAGUACCUAGCCCAAAAGGCUUUUAUUUCUUAUAUUAGAUCCGUAUAUAUUCAAAAAGAUAAAGAAGUCUUUAGAUUUGACGAAUUACCAACAGAAGAGUUCGCACAUUCACUAGGUCUUCCUGGUGCUCCAAAAAUUAAAAUCAAGGGUAUGAAGGCCAUUGAACGUGCUAAGAAAUUAAAGAAUACUUCAAGAUCUCUAUUAUCUUUAGCUAAUACAAACGAAGAUGGAGAACUUGAAAAGGAUACUAAAGUUGUUAGAACAAAAAUUGAUAAAAUGUUUGAACGUAAAAAUCAAACUGUGCUAAGUGAACAUUAUUUAAACAUUACCAAGUCUACCGCAAAUGAUGAAGAUGAAGAUGAUUUUAUGCAGAUUAAACGUGUUGAUCAUGCACUAAAUGAGGAAGAACUUCCUGAUUUGACUGCACCAAUCUCUAAAAGAGCACAAAGAAGAGCUUUAUCUAAAAAAGCUUCCAUUUCAACAAAAGGAAAUGCUACAAAACUCGUAUUUGAUGAUGACGGUGUUUCUCAUCCAGUUUAUGAACUAGAAGGUGAGGAAGACUUCCACAAGAGGGGAACAGCAGAAGAACAAAAGAAAGAGUUUAUCAUUAAGGAGUCCGAAGUAAUGUCCAAAAUGGAUGUAAUCGAUAAGCAGAUAGCUAAGGAAAAAAAGCAGGAGAGAAAGAGAAAAAGAUUAGAGGCUAUGAGAAAAGAGAUGGAAAGAGAAAUGGCAAAUGAAUCAGACUAUGAAGAACCAGUGGUCUAUUUAGGUACUGGUAAUUUGAGUGAUGAUAUGCAUGAUUAUGAUUCGGAUGAAGAGCAGAAAUUUAAGAGACCUAGGAUCACUGAAUCUGUGGCUGAAUCAGAUUCUGCCUCUGAUGAUAACAACGAUAUUAUUGAGGUAACAGAACCUCAAACUUUGGAAGAUUUAGAGUCUUUGACUUCCAGAUUAAUUCAAGGCUGA